GAAGUCGGUACUUGUUCCUCCUGCUCUGCUCUCCUAUCCUCUUCCAUCUCCUCUACGCAACUUUUCCUCUACUCUAUGCCGCAGAGUUCUGCUUUUGGGUUUGUCACGAGAGGAGGAGAAGGAAAGCGAUUGCACGAUAGUCGAAAAAGGAGAAGGAGCGGCUGCGGGGAUGCGAGGAGGGGUGUGGGUGCAAUAAUGAAGGGGAAGAAAGUGAGGUGGGGUUGCUGCAACGGUACUUGGAGGAUCAAUUGAUGUCACUUUCUCUCUCUCAAACCGAGAUCUGGGAGAAUAGCCACACAUACAAAAAAAAAAAAAAAUCUUCUUUUUGCCAAUUUUGAUCUCAUUUUGUCACCAUCUUCCCAGAUCAUCUUUUCGAUUUCAUCAUCUUCACCAAUCACCUCUAAAUAGCCACUCC